UUACCAUCCGGUAUCCAGGAAGCGAUAAAAUGUAGCAGCAAAUGUGCAGUUUAGUUAAUUAUAAACACCGAGCAUUAGUACUGAAAAUACAAUGGAACCAGAAGUCGUAUCGUCAUUUUUCUGUAAUACUUUACAAGAUAAAAGUUCUCCUGAUAUAAGCGAGGAAUUUUUAAAUUUAGCGGACGAAUUAAACCUUUCCCUCGAACAGUUUGAAAUUCCCAAAAAAGUAGAAGCCGUUUAUAAUCCUACAAUAUAUGCGAGGGAAACAUUUGAAAUGUAUGUGAAAAAAUAUUGCAACUCACCAAAACCUAUUAUUUACUUCGGUAUGAAUCCCGGACCUUAUGGAAUGUCUCAAACUGGAGUACCAUUUGGUGAAAUAAAUGCAGUGAGCAGUUGGCUGGGAAUAACUGGACCUGUGAACAAACCACCUUCUGAAAUUAAAGCUCGACCUGUAUUGGGUUUUAAAUGCACCAGAUCUGAAAUCAGUGGUAAAAGAUUUUGGGGCCUAUUCAAAAAUUUAUGUGGAACACCAGACAAUUUCUUUAAAUCCAGUUUUGUGUACAAUUACCUGCCCCAACAGUGGAUGACAAAGUCAGGGUGCAAUGUGACCCCUGGGGAGUUCAAAAAAGGUGAAAUACAAGAAUUAUACAACAUAUGUGACAGAGUCUUCAGUAAAGUUCUUGAACUGUACAAAGUUGAAAAAAUUGUUGCUAUUGGGAAAUUCUGUGAGACAAGAGCCAAGGAAACAUUGAAAAAAUAUCCUUCCUUGAAAACUAUUCAGAUCUUCUACUUACCACAUCCCAGCCCAAGAGUUUUGCACAAUAACAAUUGGGAUGAAACAGCAACUAAAUUUCUUCAAGACAAUAAUUUCCUGCAAUAUUAUGAGCAUGCCUCUCACUAGCAGUUAAAGUAAGAUUGUAAUACUCAAUAUUCCUUAAGCAUAUUCCAUUAGGGUUAAAGAAGCUCAUAGAAAUCAAGUCAAUUUAAAAAUGGGCGAUUUUAUGAAAAGAGCUCUAGAACUGGCAUCAGAAGCUCUGGCCGCCCAAGAGGUACCAGUUGGCUGUGUAUUUGUCAUAGAAUCGGAUAUUAUUGCUGAAUCUCGGAAUAGUGUUAAUGCUACUCACAAUCCUACAAGACAUGCUGAAAUUAAUUGUAUUGAUUAUGUAAUAGAAUAUUGUAAGGUCAACAAUAUUGACUACAGAUUGUAUUUUAAAAAUGUAACUGUCUAUGUUACAGUAGAACCUUGUAUUAUGUGUGCGGCUGCACUCAGCAACCUUGGUGUUAAAGAAGUUGUGUAUGGAUGUGCCAAUGACAGGUUUGGUGGAAAAACUGUAUUAGAUAUCAGUAAUUUUUAUGAACAUAAUUAUAAUCUGAUUGGAAAUUUAAUGGCCAAUGAAGCUAUGGCUUUACUAAAACAAUUCUAUAAGGGUGCCAAUCCCAAUGCUCCCGAGUCAAAAGUGAAAAAAGAAAAAGGAUAAGAAAGCCAGUUGUGAAUUUUGUAUAUUACUAAUGUUUGAGAUGUAUAAUUUGUCAGUAAUUUCAGAAGGGAAAACAUUCCAGGGGAAUAAUUUAUGAAUGGGAAUAACAUUUUAAGAUUUCGUAAGUCUUAGUAAUCAUAAAUACUCAAGUUCUCAACUGAGCGACCAACCAACUUAUAUACUUGUAGUCUUUUAGUUGCCAUAUUAUUUUUUUGAAGAUUUUAAAUAAUUAGAUUAUAUCUAGUAAGUUUAUUGCAUAGAAUAAGCUCUCUCUAUAAUUUUAUAAAGCACUUUACAAAGUUUAUAUAAAUAAAAUGAUUAAUAAAACCAUUCAAAUAACAUAACUUAUUUCUGUUACUUUAAGUAACAAAUAAAUAUGUAUGUCUCAUUUAGUUUUAUAUCAAUAACUAUAGCCGUUUUCCCAAGGUUUCACCCGCAUCUUGUGGGAACGACUGCCCAUACUGGGAUGAAAUAUAGCCUAGAAUUUAUCCAUUGCAAACAAAGUUUUCCUCUUUAUAAUAUAUCAAUAAUGAUGGUAAUGAGACAUAAACUGACAUGCCAGCAAGUAAUUCAGAAUGUACUCUAUGCCUGCAUUACCACACUAAUAUUUAAAAACAGCAAUUUUAAUAUCUGUUUUGUCCCAAUAUGUAGUUUGUAUGGAAAUAUGAUAGAAUGAUGCUAUGAUACCUACAGUACUAAUCCAGAGCCUAAAUCCAAGAAAAAUCACUAACUUGAUCAAAAAUAUUCUAAUAAUAGUUAGGUAUUGUUUGGGGUCUUCAUACAAAGGGUUCAUUUCAAAGACAUGAAAACAUUUGACUUAUUACUGUAUUUAAUGGCAUAGCAGAAAAUCAUUACAAUUCCUGUUAAAAUAAUAAAAAUAUAUAAGUUUAGGCUUUAGAAAUAAUAUAAAACUAAUAUCUAACUCUACAAAGUACUAGACGCGUUCAUUUUGGUUUAAAACACAGAAAAUUAACACCCUUAACAAGUCCAACAGCAACCAUAAAAUAUAAGAAUAUAUAAUUGUACAAAAUAAAUGAUUACUCACUA